AUGCCUACCCGACGUGAUAUCCCUAGUCAUUCCCUCCUUUCCCCCGGCGACUACGAUGAAGAUGCCGAGUCCCUACGAUCGCCGUCAGAGCAGGACUCUGAUUCCGAGGACGACGAGUUUCUCCGUAGAUCUCGCACAACCCUGGAACUAGCAGAGCAUGAUCGCACUGUGCUGAACGACGAGGAAGAAACGGAGAAGCUAUUGAUAAGGGGAGGCCCAUCGCACGGUCUGCGGCGAAUCUUCAGCCCUAGCAGCCCAAGUGUAAAGAUCGGAAAGCGAGAACGCCGACGAAAACGGCGGGAGGAAAGAAGAGAUGCGCGCAGAGGACAGCAUGAGAAAAUGACUGACUCGGGAGAGCUGAUGUUCGAGAUGGAAGAGGGUCAUCGGGAGGACGACGAGAGCUCCCUCCUGAGCCGAUCGUCGUCCGACUUAGACCGACAACUUAAGGAAUAUGGUGGUGAUGAGCGGCCUCAGCGCGUCUCGCGGCUUAAGCUCGCCCUGGUCUUCGCAGCGAUCUUUGUUCUUUUCCUCAUCUUCCUUCUCGGAUCAUACAAAGCAUCAACGUCUUUCCGGACCACCAAAGCCUCCCAAACAUUACUGUCGAACGGCACUGCUCUUUUCGCACCCACCACGAUUCUGAUAUCUCUUGAUGGGUUCCGAGCGGACUUCCUCAACCGUGGGUUAACACCAACCCUUAACAAGUUCAUUGCCGAGGGGGUAUCGCCGCAGUACAUGCUCCCCAGCUUCCCUAGUGUCACAUUCCCCAACCAUUUUACUCUCGUUACCGGAUUAUAUCCCGAAAGCCAUGGAAUCGUGGGGAACACAUUCUGGGACCCGGAGUUGCAGGAGGAGUUCUACUACACCCACCCGUCAGUUAGUAUGCAGCCUAAAUGGUGGAAUGCCGAACCGUUGUGGAUGGCUGCCGAGAAUCAGGGGAUCAAGACUGCCAUUCAUAUGUGGCCUGGCUCCGAGGCGCACAUUGGCGGAGUUGAGCCGACAAUGCUAGAUAAGUACAAUGGCACGGAAGCGCUCCCUCGCAAAGUCAAUCGCAUCCUGGAAUUCCUCGAUGUGUCUGGCCUCGAGGAUGAGUCUGGAGUAGUCUCGGAGCGACCUCAGUUCAUCGCUGCCUAUGUUCCCAAUGUCGAUGCCGAUGGGCACAAGUAUGGGCCCAACAGCACAGAGAUCCGGGGCACCAUCUCGGAAGUAGACGAUAUGCUGGGUAGCCUUUUCGCUGGCUUGCAAGACCGGAAUUUGACCGAUAUCGUGAACAUAGUAAUUGUCUCUGACCAUGGAAUGGCCACCACAGCAACCGAACGACUGGUGCAGUUGGAUGACCUGAUCGAUCUCAGCCUGGUGGAUCGCAUUGAUGGAUGGCCAUUGCGUGGGCUGCGUCCCAAACGAGUAGAAGAUCUCGAGACGCUUCAGAAACAGCUGGAGAGCAUAGCUGUGAACUACUCACAUGCGCUCGAGAUCUACACCCGCGAGACGAUGCCCGAGCGCUACCAUUUUACGAACAACGAUCGCAUCGCCCCUCUUUGGGUGAUUCCAAAGACUGGCUGGGCGGUGGUCGAACGAUCUGACUUUGACGCUCACAGCGCCUUGGAGAAAGGAGAAAUAUAUCACCCGAGGGGUGUCCACGGGUAUGAUCAUGAAAAUUCCUUGAUGCGGGCGAUAUUCAUCGCCAGAGGCCCGGCAUUCCCGCAUCAACCCAAUAGCCGGGUGGAAGUCUUCCAAAAUAUCAAUGUAUAUAACAUUAUCUGUGAUACUCUUGGCCUUGACCCACGUCCGAACAAUGGAACACUGCGCCUGCCUCUAAAACCCGUGGGCCUCCAUUCGGACGAAGAUACACCGGCACUUGAAAACCCAUCGGACCCUCCAGCUAGCAGCCCGGCUACUCCUGUAUCGCCUAGCAUGACUUCAGCUGCACCGGCUUCCACAAGCCCAACAGCUGCCUCUACAACUGCCCCCGAGGCCUCACCAGAGGAAGAGUCAGACGAUGAAGCGGACAGCGACAACGACAAACCCUCUACCUGGUGGGGGACCCUUUGGGAUAAAAUCGAGGACCUGAAGGAUUGGGCAGGUGACCUAAUUGAGACUGUGAAGGACAAUUUCCCUUAA